AUGCAUCAUCCCAUUUUUGAGCAGUCUUUCGCCAUGUUCGUGGCACUGAUCCUUCUCCCUUGGCUGGUGUUCUAUUUUCUCAAUAACAAGAAAGGUUGUGUGCGAAGAAACACAGAAGAUGCUCAUACCGGCGCAUUUGGUUCGAUGAAUGCGCCGACAAAAACUAAUUUCGGUGGAUCUAGUUUGUCUCCGGCAGGAACUGAUGAUGUUGCAUUUAGCUUGUCUUCUAUAGAUGCUAACAAUGGUGCAUCUAGUUCGAUGACCGCACCGAUUGGAAAUUGCUACGAGGUGUUUUUGAGCUUCAGAGGCCUAGACACUCGAAAUAGCUUUACUGAUCACCUCUACAAUGGGCUCUUGGAAGCCGGAAUUGAUGCUUUCAGAGACGAUGACGAGCUCUGCCAAGGCGAGGACAUCCGACCAGAUCUUGUGGCAGCCAUCACGAAUAGAAAGAUCCUGAUCCCCAUUCUCUCCGUGAAUUAUGGUGCGAGCAGUUGGUGCCUGGAUGAACUAGUUCAACUAAUAGAGUGCAGGAAUGAUAAUAAUGGGCAAAUAGUGUUGCCAGUAUUCUAUAAAGUGAAACCAGCUGACGUGGGGCAUCAAAUCGGGAGUUUCGGAGGCGCAUUUCACGAGCGUGAGAGGCGUUUGCUUAAGAGGCGUUUCGACCCGGCGAUUUUGGAGAAAUGGAAGCAAGCACUUCUUGGAGUCAGCACCUUGAAAGGAUGCGAAGCAGAUGGGUAA